AAUCAAGCAUAGCUGUCAUGUUAGCACAGAUCCUAGCACACGAUGGCAGAAAAGUAGGGCUUCUUGACGUGGACGUUUGUGGUCCAAGCGUUCCCUCCCUCUUGAAGAUCGAAACCCAGUCAGUGAUGGACUCGCAGUGGGGAUGGAAACCUAUUGUGUCUCCUCAAGGCAACAUUAAGACCCUAUCAGUAGGAUCGCUCCUGAGUUCGGGAUCUCAGGCAGUGGUGUGGAGAGGACCUCGCAAAACUGCUUUGAUUAGGCGUAUGAUAAAGGACACUCUGUGGGGACGGUUGGAUGACCUGGUAAUUGACACCCCCCCUGGCACCAGCGAUGAACACCUGACCAUCAUCAAACUGUUGGCCAGCACCAAACCUGAUGGGGCAGUUAUCAUUACAGCACCACAAAAGUUGUCAGCAGGUGUGGUAAGCAGAGAGAUUCGAUUCUGCCAGAAAAUGGGAGUACCAAUCUUAGGCAUCAUAGAAAAUCUCUCAGGAUUUUGCUGCCCCUGUUGCUCUGAAGUGAGCCAGGUAUUUUCAUCAGGUGCAGGAAAAUACCUUGCGGAAAAAUACGACAUACCCUUCCUCGGCUCUCUGCCCAUUGACCCUCGCCUGUCAUCGGUGCAACAAAAAGGAAUAUCCAUGAAAGAGGAACACCCCGACUCUGGUGUCUCGGAAGCCAUGAGCCACAUUGCAAGGAGGAUCCUGGAAGCUGUUGAAAAGUAAAAGAAAAAAAAGAUAUAGGAAAUUUUAAGCUUUUAUUGUUUUUUUGAGAGACUAAGAGCUAUGGUGUAUGUACAAUUGCAAAACGGGAAUUUGUAUAGAUAUAUUUUUUAAUGUAGAAAGUGAAUUUAUAUUGAUAUAUAAUUGCAGUAUGGAGAAAGUUCACCUCAGGGUAUGGAACUACAAUAGGACAUUCCAAGUGAUACGUGUCCUCUGUUUUUAUGUGUAUUUGAGUAAGAAUAAUGUGGUAAUGUUGUUUUGUGAAAAAUAUAUUUUGUUACUGUUAUUCUGUUCUAAAUAAAAGGCUAUCA